AAAGAAGGGGUAUUAGUUCCUCUGUACAGUUUGGAGUAGCUGUUGCUUCUUACGAAGGAAAAUACUUAUCUGUACUGGAUCAGGAUUAACAGACUUUGCUCCACCUGUGUUGCUUUGCUGCUCGGAGCUGACAAAGUCUUUUCAUGGGGGAGACUCUCCCAAGGCUGCCAGGAGGCCCUCUGAGGAGACCUAUGCAAACUCUCAGGGUUAAGAUGGUUCUUCUUGGAAGCUCUGGUGUGGGAAAAUCAAGUUUGGCCCUGCGAUUUGGCAGGGAUGAGUUCAGGAGUACAUCGCCUACUGUAGGCUGUGCCUACCUGACCCGGUUGGUGCAUUUGAGUGAUGUCAAUCUACGCUUCGAGAUAUGGGACACGGCAGGGCAAGAAAAAUAUCACAGCGUCACCCCUCUUUACUACAGAGGAGCCCAUGCUGCAAUCCUGGUCUAUGAUAUCAGCAAAAGGGAAACAUUUCUCAGAGCUCAGGUGUGGCUCAAAGAGCUUGAGAAACAAUACAUCCCAGGAUCUACUGUCAUGUGGCUGGUGGGCAACAAGGGGGAUCUGGCUCAGGAGAGGCAAGUCUCCGUGCAGGAAGGACAGGGGCUGGCCAGUGACAGGGGUUUAUACUUUUCAGAGACAUCUGCAAUGUCGGGGUACCAGGUCAGCGAGUUGUUAGUAGCUAUAGAGAAGCUCACCUGA